AUGAAUUCCUUUCAUACGGAUGCUUGUAAAGGAUAUAGAAGAAAUCAAAGGUUCAGAUUGAAGGUUGCAAUGGAGUCUUCAGGCAUAGCUCAGGAUGUCGUUGAUAAUAAGGAGAAAGUUCUUGAGGUGACCGAUCAUUUCAAGGAGCUCAAACACAGAUUUCUCAGUUUCAAAAAAGAUAAAUACUUGAGCAACUUAGAACACUACCAAAAGCUUUCUGAGGCCCAAGCACCAAAGUUCAUGGUGAUUGCCUGUGCAGACUCACGAGUUUGUCCCUCGAAGAUUCUAGGAUUCGAACCAGGAGAAGCCUUUGUGGUUCGCAACGUGGCCAACUUAGUUCCCCCACAUGAUAGUGGAGUUUCAGAAACAAAUGCCGCCCUCGAAUUUGCUGUUAAUUCUCUUGAAGUCGAGAAUCUACUGAUUGUGGGCCAUAGCUGCUGUGGAGGGAUUAGAGCCUUGAUGAGCUUGCAGGACGAAGCAAUUUCAAGUAGCUUCACUAAAAGCUGGGUGGUGGUUGGGAAUCCCGCCAAGUCGAAAACAAAGGCUGUGGCUUCAAACCUCGACUUUGAUCAGCAGUGUAAGCAUUGCGAGAAGGAAUCAAUCAACAGGUCCUUGUUGAACUUGCUCACUUACCCAUGGAUAGAAGAAAGGGUGAAAAACGGGACACUUACAAUCCACGGAGGCUACUAUGACUUCAUAGACUGCACGUUCGAAAAGUGGACCAUCGACUACAAGAGCAACAAAGAAUGCUCGAUUAAAAGCAGAGAGUUCUGGUCGUGA